AUGGGAGCGAGCCUCUGGUGUUGCUGGGCGGGCCCGGCCUCCCACCUGGCAGGCGGCUCGCCGCGCUCCCCGUCUCGCCCUCCCCGCCGCGCACGCGCGCUCCGUACAAGGCCGGCCGGGCGGUCGGGGGCGCGCGGGGCGGUGGCGGCGCCGGAGGAGCCGUCCGCGCUCGUGCCCGCGCCUCUGUGGAGCCGCCGGGGCCGCGCCCCUGCACGCCGCCUGCGAUCCCCACGGGCCGAUGCGGGUCGCCGGGCAGAGGGGAGCGACGUAGCCGCUGCCAGUGCCGCCGCCUCGGCUCGGAGCGGCCCGACCCCCGACCCAGACCCCGACCCCGCCCGGCUUGAGCCGGCCGACCGGCCGUCCUUCGGCGGGGCCAUGGCCGAGCGCGGGUGCCCGCUGGAGGCGGUGCCGUUACCCGCCGAGGUGCGGGAGAGCCUGGCCGAGCUGGAGCUGGAGCUGUCGGAAGUUUUUCAGAUUCAGUGAAGCCCUGGGAGGACUGACCUGUGCCUCGGGGAGCCAUUCAACCAGGAUGUGGUCUUUGUUGCUCUGAACUCCUCGGAGGAAAA